AUGAAGACGAUUGGCCGGAACCUCGCGUGCGUGCUAUUGGCAGCUGUCUUUGCGAAAAAUGUGCUUGCACAGAGUGCCGGGAAUAUCGGAUUUUCAAAAGGAUGCGGCAACGAGAUCCAAGCGCGAGCCAACGUCACGAGGCUCCGGCUGAUCUCGCGGACGAAUCCUGACGUCGACGAUCGUCGGAGUGUCCCGGAUGACGAGUCCAAAACGGAGGAUGAGAAAAGUGAUCGAGGCCUCGUGGAAUCCCGCACAUUUGGAAUAAAAAGAAUCCAGUUCAUGCUGAUGCCGAUGAUAUACAAAAUGGGAGUAAUGAUGACAAUGUUGAUGGUGCUGACGGUGGUCUCAGUGAAGGGACUUCUCGUCGGUAUCAUACUGUUAGUGCUGAAGCUCAGCGCGUUUCUGGGGAAAUUUUAUUCCUGGCAUCAUCACGGAGCGGCGCCAACAUGGUCGCCGCAGCAACCGAUUCACGUGCACGUUCACAAUAGCUUUCCUUACGCUCACGCACACGGCUGGGAGGCAAGCGGACCUGGAAUGGAAGACCAACACUAUUACUAUAAGGGAUAA